AUGACGUCGGUUCCCUGUCCGUCGGCACCGCUGCACAGUCCGCACUUCUUUGGACUUGACGUUGACCUCGACCUUCAUGCUGGCAUCGCAGUGCCCAGAGACGCCGCAGAUGAAAUAUCGGGUCCCGACGGUGGCAAGCGGAACAACAUCGUUACCGGUCGAGAAAGUCGCUAUGGGGCUGGAGCCGUUGCAAGAGUCGUACCCUGUCUUGCUCACCUCCACCAUGUUGUGCACAUCGGUGGAGUACUGGAACUUGAGCUCAUCGCCGGUGGUGAACCUGAUUCUGGAAACCCACUGGGAGUAGUUGGUCUGAGGUCCCAUGAACCGUUCGGCGCUCCCACGGUGUGGCUGGCGCCGAGCGCCGUCCCAAGCAUGGCCAUGGCCACGGUGAUCAGAAUAAGAGCUUUGGUCCCCAUGGAUUAA